UUAAAACUUCAUGGACAUGGUUGAAGAGACAAUGGCUGAGAUGAGCGACCCCAUGGAGGUGGAUGGAGACACUGAGCUUGUGGGGAUGGGACUUCGUGUCUCUGUGUCCCCUGUGCAAACUACCUUCUACAUCUUCCUGGUGAUGCUGGGCAUCAUUGGUAAUGCCAUUGUCAUUGGGGUGAUUGGUAAGAGCGUGAUAAUGAACCGCGCUGGGGGAAGUAACUCGGACAUCAUUAUCAUUAACAUGGCGCUGUCCAACCUGCUGGUGUCUGUGAUGAGGAACACACUGCUGGUCAUCUCAGACAUGGGAUUAGAGCUGUACUCAUCCAAAGAGUGGUGUCAGGUCCUCAUGGGUAUCUGGGUGUGGCUGCGAUCGGUAAAUGUGUGGUCAACGCUCUUCCUCAGUGCGUUCCACCUCCAGACAUUGAGGCGUGUGGCUCCUACUGUCGGGAGCCUUCACGGGCCCCGGGGCCUUCCUAAGAUCCUAAUGCUGAGUCUGGCCCUCAUCUGGAUUCUCAACUUUAUUUACUCCAUUCCUGCUCACAUCUUUUCUACUAGCGGGGACUCGAACAGCACAGAGACCCUGAUGCUGGUGAGCAGCACAACGCGCCCCCUGCUGGGCUGUGUGUGGAACUUCCCCUCCAGCUACAGUGGCCUGGCCUAUGCCACCACAUCUAUGGUGAUCCACGAAACAAUUCCCAUAAUCCUAAUGGCCUUCACCAACCUGGGCUCCCUUUACACACUCUACACCCAUAGCAGGAUGCGGAGUUCCGUGCCAGACGCACCUGCCAUGAAACGGGUGCCUGCCGAGAGACGAGCAGCUAAGGUGAUUCUCGCUCUCAUAAUGCUCUUCAUUGCAUCCUGGGGAACUAGCAUUAUCUCUGUCAACUAUUUCAACUACAACCGCGGCUCCUCCGCUGAGUUUCUUCUGGUCAUUGCUCGUUUUGCCAACAUCAUCUUCAUUGCCAUGUCACCUGCUGUUCUGGCGGUUGGCCACCGGCGGCUGCGUUCUUUCAUCAAGUCUACGCUCACUCACUGACAGAGCCCCACAAUACUGCUAAUCACAAACUAUUAUUUGCAUCAACAAGAGGUUCAUGGUUAUAGGUAUAAAUAUAUGAUGUUUCUCUCUGUAAACCUCCACAUAUGAGGACUAUGGACUAUGUCACUAUGGACAUAUGGAUUUACUGGAAAGGCAAAGUGCUAAAAAGUAAUUAAGGUUAGUAAGGAUUAUUAAGGAUUUGUGCUACAUGACCCAAUAAACGCAAUAUGUAGACAGGGCUGGUAGAUGAUGUAAUGUCUUUAUAUAACUAAACAAAUGGUCAAAAUAAAAUAAAUAUCUACCAAAAAUAUCAAAACCACUUAAUUUAGAUGAUAUUCUAGGCUUGUAAAGCCUAUUGAGACAUUGUACGUG